GACGUGAUUCGUAACUUCGGAGAUCGUAAAACAGACAUUAAAAAGCCAAGAGUUUAGGCCAAAUAACCGUUUACAGCGGAGGAAACCGGAGUCGAGAUGGAUCAGGCGUUCAUAAAUACUGUGUUGGGUGUGAAUGUUUCGGAUAAUUUCGGGAAUUCGACGCCAAGCGGUCCCCCGCACGGCGACUACGCAAACAUAAUCGAUAACAAAGCCGUCCAGGCGGUAUUUUGCGUUAUUUACACCGUAAUAUUCGUCCUGGGGUUGCUCGGCAACAUUCUAGUUUGCUUCGUCGUCAUACGGAACAAAGCCAUGCAAACAGUCACGAACCUCUUCAUUAGUAACUUGGCUUUAUCCGACAUUUUGCUUUGUAUUUUUGCGGUACCCUUCACGCCCCUUUACUCGUUCCGAGGGACGUGGAGCUGGGGCUCUCUGUUAUGCCACAUAAUGCCUUUCGCACAAGGAUGCAGCGUCUACAUAUCUACCUUGACUCUUAUGUCUAUAGCCAUAGAUAGGUUUUUUGUGAUUAUAUACCCUUUUCGACCACGUAUGAAAAUAGAGACUUGUAUCACUGUUAUUAUCAUGAUAUGGACAUUUUCGGUGACAGUGACGACGCCUUACGCUAUAUUUAUGACGUACUACGACUUCGAAGUAGGCAGGUUUUGCGAAGAGACUUGGCCUUCAGAGAAACUUAGACGUAUAUUCGGGUCGGUGACGUCAGUAUUGCAAUUCGUGCUCCCAUUCAUCGUAAUUGCUUUCUGCUACACUUGUGUGAGUUUUAAGUUGAAUGACCGGGCGAAAGCGAAAGCCGCAAGCAAGAAUUCGCGGAAAGAGGAAUUGGAUAAGAACAGGAAAAGGCGCACGAAUCAAAUGUUGAUUGCGAUGGUGACGAUAUUCGGCCUGUCAUGGCUACCUCUGAACGUGAUAAACCUAUGUAAUGAUUAUUACAUGUACGCGAUACAUUUGAAGUACUACUUUCUUGUAUUUUUCGUAUGUCACGUGAUCGCAAUGUCGUCCACGUGUUACAACCCGUUCAUUUACGCGUGGAUGAACGAGAAUUUCCGGAAGGAGUUCAAACAAUUGAUACCGUGCAUCGACUCGUCGGCUCAGAUGAGGGGCAACAUACAAAUGGAGCAGUUAGGCGUCGGUCCCGAAAAGACAUUCAACGGGAACACAACAACAGACAGCUAUUUAGGUUCGAGCUCGCAGCGGGGGACAUCAUUCCGACAUAAAAGGAAGCCGAGCGCCGCCGCCGAUGUGGAGAAGAGCGGCGUGGAGUUAAAUGAGGAUUUAUUGACUGUGGAUGUGAAGCAUUGCCACAUCUCGACGAGCUAUAACCUGCGCCGUGAGUCAGUGAAGCUGCGGCUCAUCAAUGAGGAGUCGUUUGAUGGCACGCCCACACAGAGCCAGUUCUAA